AUAGUGAGCUAAAUUGGACCAAAAAGCCAACAACUCUCAAGAAUUAAUGCACCACCACGACCACUGAACAGUGCUGGCAGCAAUGCACAAGCUUGCACUCCUAGCAAUACUGCUCACAGCAAGCGCAGGAGACGACAGCCUCCAACAACUCGUCGAGGACCUGCGCCAAGAAGCAAGGGAGGAAUUCGAAAGCAUAAAGGGCAUCGACGCCAGCGAACUCGACGGCUACGUCGACGCGUUCGUCGCCGACGGCUUGUCGAGGAUCACGCGGCGCGUCUCCAUGGAACUCGACGACGACGGCGAGGCGCAGGCGCAGUUCGAGUGGGUGCAGCGGGAACGGCGGCCGACGGUGGUGGCGCCCUUACCGUGCCCCGACACGCACCGCUGCGGCGUUUGCGGAAGGGCGUCCUCGAGGCACGUCGCGAGUCCCUUCGAGGUCGCGCUCAUCUCCAAUAAUGCGGAAGAAGCGGCCCCGGGCCUCUUCCACCAGCGGGGCAAGACGGCGCGCGCGCUGGAGGAUGUUCAGCUGCCUGCAGUCAUGAGCCUGGCACGCCGCGCCCUGACGAUUACGGGAACCACAUUCAACGCGUCGCUGACCCUCGCGGGGGGCCUCCUGACGCGCAUCGCCGCGGAACCCGACGGCGCCCUGCAGGCGCCCUCCCAAAAACCCUACUGGGAGGCCCACGUCGACCAAGACAACAAACAAGCCUACGACUACUCGGCUUUGGUGUAUUUCGAGGACGGCGGCGUCGACUUCGAGGGCGGCGCCCUGAUCUUCGAGGACGGCGAGACGAUCCUGCCGCGGCGCGGGCGCCUCGUCGCGUUCUCGAGCGGGCCGGAGAACGGCCACCGCGUCGCCAGGGUCGAGCGGGGCGCGCGGACGGCGCUGGCGCUCUGGUUCACGUGCGUGCAACCGGAGUGAUGCGGCGCGUCGGCCACCGCGGAGGCCGUGUUUUUUGUACGAGGCGCUCUGGUUCAUGUGCGCCGCCGCAGAGUGAUUACUGGCUGUUUCGUGGAGGAACGCCGGUUGCGCGCGCCGUAGACCACGGCGCGCGUCCAAGUGCCAGGGCAUCUGGAGCCAAUGUUGUAUAAGUUGUUUUAUUGGUGAAGAAUCUUCUGCCCGUCCACUCAUCAGAAGCCGUCCGUCAGGGGGGGGGGACCGGCCCGUCGCGGGCGC